AUGUCACAUGAUUCGACUAAUAGCUCUCGUCAAACUUCUACUCCAAGAACUCUAAAUACUCCAAAACAGUUUUUAAAACGUUAUGCUGAAGCUCAAUCAAGGUUAGCAGCAAAAAAACAGAAGUUGUUAGAAGAGGGUGUUAUAAAAAAAUAUAAUACUCUGAGAAAACCAUCCACUUAUUUAUUAGGCCAGAAUAUUUUAUUGGAACUUUAUCAAAGACCCAUAUAG